AUGGCUAUUAGUAAAGUGCCCGGUGGGUCGACAUCCGAACUUUAUGCAGUCCACUUCUAUUAGUUCCUAGUGGAGAACGUAGUACCGAAUGAGGACAUAUUCGUAGUGCUUAAGGCUCUGCAUGAUCAAAGCUCUUUCCCUUCCCUUUACAUUAGUAAGGUGAAUUAAUAUCCAACUAUCCACGAUGAGUUAUGUGGCAAUAAUGGGAUGGAUGUUUGUGUGAUCGAGGAAGAGAACCUAAUUGCUAAUACAACUUAUUAUUUGGGAGUGUAUUGUAUGUAGGAUUGCGAUUACGAAUUAACCAUCCAUUAUGAGGAGGAGGAAGUCUUGGCGUUGGGAGAGGCAGUGAUAGUGAAAUUCGCCAAUGAAACAGAAAGUAUCCUUAAGGUUGGCAUGCCAAGCUCAAUGGAUGGGAUUGAUAGAAUUCUAAUUCGAGCUCAUUACAUUUAAGACAGGAACACAGUGUUAAAGGAGUCCUUUCAUUUCUACGUCAAUGAAGGAAAUGAAACACCAUCCCCUGUGUAAUUCUAGUAUGAGGCAGAGGGGAUUUGGAUGAUAGGAAAAGGAGUGGUGAUAUAUAAAAACAGUACCAAUCUUAAGGGGAAUUUGACUGUCUUGAUAUUAGGUGUACCCAAUACUAGGAUGUACUUUGUAACUACAAUUUAUGAGCGUAUUCGAAGUGUCGGUCUAUUUGAGAGGAUAGAUGACCUUGUUAUUGAAACUAAAACCAAUUACUACAAACUCUCAGUUCAGGAUGAAUAUUUCGAAUUCUUAGAUAGAAAUUCAUUGUCUUUUGACAUCCAUCCUUUUGAAGGCAAUCCUGAUGUUUAUAUAACACCUUGUCAUAAUGGCGAGUGCUCUUUGGAUUAUAAAGAGUAUUUGUGGCAAUCGCAAUUAGAUCUAGGUUAUGAAUCAAUCACAAUCUCCAGAAGCAAUAGGAUUAAAAAUGGAAAUGAGAGGGAAUUUAUCAUAGCCAUUAAUGGAGUGAACAACUUUUCUAGUUUUUCCUUUGUGGCUUAUUUGAGUAAUUACUAUAGUCGAGUGUUGUCAAUUCAUACCUUUGAAUCUGGCUUUUUGGGGAAGAAUGAACUUGCAGAAUACAUAGUUGAUACAUAUGAUGAACUCAAUCAAACAUUUACCAUAACUGCAAACUAUCCCAGAGGACAUGGUAUCAUCAUCUUAAAGAAAUGCAGCAAGAACAAAAUUGAGUUAAGUCAAGUGACCAACCAUUUCGCUUACAUCAUCAAUGCAGGACCUGAUAAUUAUUAUAAUUGCUCAAUUACCAAAGAGCAAAUAGAACAAAUCCAGAUUGGACAAGUGUUGAAAUCAGGAAGUUCAGAGUUGCAUUCAGCUGAGAAUACUAUGCAAUUCUAUUAUAAUAAGACUGAGUGCUAGAGCAAUGUUACAAUGCUCAAAUACGAGAACGUCUUGACUAAUUGUUAAUAUGUGGUUGGAGUCUACAGCAAUGUUGAAUACAUGAACUACCAGAUAUUUAUCAAGGGAUAGGAGAAGCACGUUGAAUUAACAGAGUCAACAACUCAUCGCAGUUUCCUUAUGGAAUAUAGCACAGAUUUAUAUUCAUUCACAAUCCACGAUGAUGAUUUAGUCGAAGUAGUAUUUCAAAUAACAGCUAUCACUGGUGAAUAUGAUGCUUUUGCCUCCAGGCUCUACGAGAAACCCAAUUCCACAUUCUUCGAUAGAAAUGCCAAUAUGGAUUUGGAUGUCUUGCAAUACAAGGCAGAAACUGAAACCAACGACUUAUCUGGGGAGUAUUACAUUCGAAUAAUAGCCAAGGCUUUGCUCAGAUAUACCAUCACUCCAAUUGUGUAUAGAAAAUCACAUGAAGAGAUCAAUUACAUCCAACUCACUGAAAGCAUCCCCUAUUCUCAUCUAUAAACUAAGAUCGAUUCAAUUACUUACUUUAACUUUGAAUACAGAUAGAACGGUCCACUCUUCAUUCAUCUCAAUGGAAUAUAUGGCUAUUUCAUAUGUUAUGUUAUUGGUUCCAAUGGAGUCAUAGAUGACAGGAACCCUGAUUCUAAUAAGUAUGAUUUCGCACUUAGAAGUUCACAACAUACACUGAUCAUUGAUAAUCCAAAACAGUAUUAUUACAUCUAAGUCAACUCCAUUUCCCUUGGUCUUAAUGAAUCCUAUGAAAUUCAAUACACCUCCUCUAGUUCCCUCAUGGAAUUAUUCUACGGAGAACCACUCAUCACUCAAUUGGACAAUUCACAUUAAUCCUUUUAUUACUAUCAAAAUCCAUACGCCUUGGAAAAGCUCUUCAUUGUCAGAACAUUUCUCACUGAAAACAAUGAAUAAAACAACCUCAAAGUUUACAUCAGCUUGAAGAAUAAAUUCCCAAAUCAAGAAAAUUGCGAUUACGAAAUUCCCAAUUCUGCCACCUACUUGACUUUAUCGAAUAUUGCUGAGAACACUAUUGUUUAUAUUGGGGUGAAUAGUGUUGGGUACAAUGAAUACUCCCUCCUGAUUAGAGGAGUGACUGGUAUCACAGAAAUAUAAGAUAACACUGUGUAGUAGGUACCCAUCCCAUCAUUUGAAUAAUACUAGUCAUCUAAUUUAUAUUUCCUAGUUCCCAAGAAUCUCAACAGCACUAUUCAAAUAUAAGCAUAUACUCAAUUCGCUGAAAUCAUCUUGUUUUGUGCUAUAAAAGACUAUGCUGUGGUCUCCAAAGAUUUAAGAAGUAAUAAUCACUCCAUAUUCCCCAACUCCUCUACCAAUGGCCUAGAAGAAGAAGCCAGUGCAAGUGUGUCUAAUAAGUUACUCGUAAUCUACAAAGAGUAGUUACAAGUUUGUUAGACCUAUAAACAAGGUUGUGUGUUAUUGAUAAGUGUGAAAUUAGAUUAGCAAUCGCUAUUUUCAUACAUCUAGGGCAACUCAUAUAACAACAUCAGCACAGUGAAUGGUGAGGAUGGAUAUUUCAAUAUAAUGAUAUCUACGCAAUAUUCGAUAAUCAAGAAUGGGGAAAUGUUGAUUGGGUAUGCUGGAGAGAAUAUGAUGUCCUAUUACUAUUUCUAUGUUGACACCCCUGUUUAAUUCAUUCAAAUUACAGCCAGACCAGUUGAUGAUUGUGAUCCAGAUCUCUAUGUGAAUAAACUAAUCAAUGAUACCAUUUCAUAUCCAACUGAAGAUUCCAAUACUUAUAAAUCUAUGUCGUAUAAAUCAGACAUUCUGAUAAUCAGAGAGACUGACAAUGUUGGGUCCUACAUAAUUGGAGUAUCUGGAUUUAGAAAGGAAUGCACCUAUGAGUUGCUGUUGAAUUUCGCAGACAUUGAAAUGUACUACAUAUCAAAUGGUCAACUCGCAACUCAUCAAAUAAAUCACACUGUUUAUUACUUCUACCAACACAUCAAAAAGGAAUCCUUCCGCAUAUUGAUUCAAAGAAUGAAUAGCGUCGAUGUAGCCAUCAAUACAUACUCCCAAUACAAUGACAGUGAUGAUGGUCUUUUUGAUCUCCUACCAUACUAGGGAACAGAUGACAUCAAAAUACUGUAGGAGCACAAUGAUAAUCUCUUUGGAGGGGUCAUCCAGAUCAAUCAAACAAAUAAACACUUUUGCUAUUACUGCACUUACAUCAUUGCCUUGAAGCCAUUGAGGAGUACUGAAAUCUAAUUAUUGAUUGCUUACAAUUCAAUAGCAUUGGAGAUUGAGCAUGGAAGGAUAUACUAUGAUCAAUGUGUUGAGACUUGUAAAUAUCAAGUUGAGCAUGGAGAUCUGAAUAUCUAUGUAUAUUCCUAAAACAUUGAGUUGUACUUUUAUGAAAAUGAGACCUUAAAGUUUGCUAUGAAUCUGAGUAAUUCUUAACACGCCAUUCCAAUAAAUGCAUCAUACACAGUGAGCAUUGUCAAUCCUAAUGUCAAUUCAAUUGCCUCGUAUUGGUUGAGUUUGUAGAGCUAAUAGAAAUUUAUUAAUUUGCAUCUUGGAAAAUCCUACAAGGCUAAUAACUCAGUUGCAUAGAAUGUUACUCAAUUUACAUUCACUCCAAUUACGGUAGAGUAGGAGUAUACUAUAAUUGUGAAUUCCAAAUCUAAUGUAGGGGUGGAACUCUUUUACUUAUCCAAGAAUGUAACUGAAUUCAUUUUGAUUAAUCCCAUUCAAGAAUGGAGUGUUAGUAAAUCGCAGUUGGAAUUAAAAUACAUAUUACCCAGUGUGGAUUACUAUUAUAAGAUUACCUUGCGAUGUUAGGGUCAAUACAGUAUCACUCUCAAUUUGGAGGGUUUAAAAUACAUAGAUCAGAAUCAGCACUACAUUGAAUAAAUACAAUCUGCUUAAAUUUACAACAUAUAUGGAGCGAGGGGUCAAGAAUUGCUGGUUGAAAAGAUUGAUUGUUUAGGCAAAACUGAAAGCAAUUUGACUUCCUAUCAAUUUAGGAAUUCAAGUGAUAUCUAUUUCAAUGUAACUCCCACUUCAUUUGUCAGUUAUAACAAGAAUGGAAUAUCUAUAAGGAGGAACAUCUAUAGUUUGAUACCACAUCUUAAAUACUCGCAUGAUGCUUGGUACUACAGCAAAGCAAUAACUUAUCAAGCAGAAGAGAAUACUGAGGAUCAGACAUUGACAGUCACUGUGGACACCAUGAAAAGAAAUAAGACUGGCAUCUCCUAACUCAGAAUGCUCAUUUAUCAAUUGCAUUAUUCAAAUCAGGAACCCUUUAUGAAUGCCUUUGGAUGUCAGAUGGACGUUGAAUCUCUAAAACACUACACAAGCAGCGAAUUGUUCCACAGCAAAUCCCUGUAAACAAUUAAGGAGGAGGAUGAAAUAGUGUCAUUUUAAAUACCACUCCCUUAGGAUGAGACCGUGCUUUAUGGUUUGAUUGUGUUCCAAGCAUUCUAUUAGGAAUAUGACGCUCCUUACACUUAUUUCUACAACACUAGUUUGAUUUACAAUAGAACACAAAUAAAGGCACCUAUUAAGAAAGAUCUACAAGCAAAUAAUGAUUAUGUUAUUAUGAUUUUGAUGGCAGCAGUGACUGGUUUGGUUCUGUUGCUGUUGUUUUUGGGGAUAAGAAAGGUUAUAUAGAGGAGAAAGCAGUCGUUGCAAUUCAAAUCAGAAAAGAUAAAGAAUGUCACAGUGGAUGAGGAAUAGGAGCAAGUGAAAACAGUAUGA